GGUGGUGUUUGUUGCGUGAAGUCGCGCGAGUCUUCUGUGUGGAAAUUUUGCUUUGGUUUUUGAUGUAAUGAAACGCUUUUGUGAGUGAAAAGUUGGUGCAAAAGAAAAGCUUGAGGUGUUGAGUUGUGGUGCAGCCCCAAUGCUGGGAGGAUUUCCCGUGGAUUAAGGCAGAAAAGACUGAGGAUUAAUCACUCGAACCGUACCCAACACACGCAGAGGAAUCUUUUGAACGUUCUUUAUUUUGUUUUGUCUGCAUGGUCAAGCUUCAUUUAAUUGAUUGUCGUCUCGAAAGGAUUACGACGGUGCUGUGAGUCAGCCGCAAGAUGAAGCGGCGUGGCGAAGGGGCGCGUGCGGUGUCGCUGCUCCUGCUGAUGGUGAUGAUUGACAGGACAAUGGGUCAGCAGCCCAAUUCCCCCAAUGAUGUCUACACGCGCUUCGGUGCGGAUGAUCAGCAAAAUCGCUACCCCACGCAGAAUUACGAUGGGUUGGGGCCCACUAAUCGCGAUGUAAAUGAUCUCAAUCCAUUCAGUGUUACGCGGGAUAGUUCGUACUUUGGUGGGACGACUGACAGGACGCCCUUUGGGGGUGGUGGGGGCUUUGGGGGGGAUAAUUUCGGUGGUGGGGGGAAUGUUUUUGGGACGACGGAUAAUUUUGGGCAACAGCGGGAUCCUUUUGGGCCUCCGAGAGAUCCCUUUGGGCCACAGCGAGAUCCCCUAGAUCCAAAUAGACCUUUUGAUCCAAAUGCCCCACGUCCGUAUGAUCCAACACGCCCCUUUGGUACGGAGAGAGCAAAUACGGGCUUUGGGAAUCGAGAUUUCGGGCGGAAUCCUUCGUCGAGUGUUCCUGGGAGUCCCUUUACCGCUGGUGCGCGUGAUCGUGACUUCAAUCCCAGCCUCAAUCCGUUCAAUCGGAAUCUCUACACUUCCGAUGAUAAUUUAAUCAUAAAUGAGGCAACGUACUUUAUCGUGGCAUCACGAAUGGUUCGUCCUGGUCAAGUUUAUCGUGUUGCUGUGAAUGUUGUCUCCACACCACUCCCCAUCACAGUCAGGGCGAGUAUUUCACGGAAUGGCGUUGAAAUGAGUGCAGACUCAAAGGAUGUCAAAGAGGGCAUCCCGGAAGAGUUGCUAAUGCGUGUUCCCACAACCAGUGUCAUUGGGGAGUACAAACUACGCGUUGAGGGGCUCUACAAUGCCGUGGUGGGUGGCAUUGCCUUCCUCAAUGAGACCAAAGUUACCUUCUCCCAACGCUCCAUGACGAUCUUUGUGCAAACAGACAAACCUGUCUACAUGCAGAGUGAGACAGUUCGCUUCCGGACAAUUCCAAUCACAACAGAGCUCAGGGGCUUUGAUAAUUCCGUCGAUGUGUACAUGGUUGACCCCCAGGGGAAUAUAAUGCGACGAUGGCUCUCCCGGCAAUCCAAUUUGGGCACAGUGAGUCUCAACUACAAACUGUCAGAUCAGCCACGCUAUGGGGAGUGGAAGAUUCGCGUAGUGGCUCGUGGGCAGGUGGAGGAGCACUCGUUCCAAGUGGAGGAGUACUAUCAGUCACGCUUUGAGGUGAACGUAACAAUGCCGGCGUUCUUCUUCAACACCGACCCCUACAUUUAUGGGAAGAUCAUGGCGAAUUUCACGAGUGGAGCCCCAGUUCGGGGGAAUCUCACCCUCAAGGCGACAAUCAGGCCAAUUGGCUUCAUUAAUCCGAAGAUUCUCAAUCAGCGCUAUCGCGUGGGCAACAGUGGAGGCUACCGCAGGGAGGAUGAAUACUACAAUAGGGAUGCAAGCUACUACAACUUGUUUGGCCCCCAAAAUAUUCCGCCUGAUCGUCAAUUCCUCGAGGAUCGCUACAGGGAGCAACAGGGCUUCCAGGAGUCGUACAUUGUGGAGAAACAUUUCAAUUUUGACGAGCGCUGGCCCUUCUGGAUGGACAAGCCUGAGUACAAUCAAGUCUUUGAUCCGUGGACGCGUUCGUACAGGAAUCAACUGCCCUACCUUCGCUUCUUCAAUGGGACGUUUGACUUUAAGUACCCAAUGGCGGAACUUGAGCAACUUGUGCCGAAUUUAUCGGGCAUGGAAGUUCUCAUUACGGCCACAGUUGGAGAGAGAUUCUACGACGAAGUGAUUGAGGGUUAUGCCAUGACGAGGAUCUAUAAUUCAUCCAUUCGCGUGGCUUUCCUGGGUGGAUCGCCGCAGGUUUUCAAGCCAGCCAUGCCCUUUACGUGCUACCUCGUGGCUGAAUAUCACGAUGGAUCCCCGCUGCCUUUUGACAAUUUCUUCUACGGGACAAUGGAGAUCACAGGAUGGAUUGAGAGCCGCUCAGGAGGAAGACGAGACUACCCGCUGCGGAAUAUUCGAAUGUCCGAACGGGAUGGAAUUUGGGAGUUGAAAGUUGACUUGAGGAAUGAUUUGAAUUUGGACAAUAGCAAGCAGUCCAAUGACUUCCUCAAUGAUGCCACUUCAAUGAGACUCAUUGCGAACUUCAUUGACUCCCGAGGGGAACGAGCAAGUUCGGAACUUUUACUUUUGGGGCAUCAUUCACCGUUGAAUCAACAGGUGAAGAUCACAACGAGUACAACGGACGCCAAAGUGGGUGAAUACAUUGUGCUGCACGUUCAGUCGAACUUCCACAUGGAUAACUUCCAUUACAUCGUCAUGUCCAAGGGUAUUGUCCUGCUAACGGGACAGGAGAACAUGCAGGAGGGUAUCAGGACGAUGGCAAUAACGUUAAGUGCGGAAAUGGCGCCGGUUUCGACGGUUGUUGUCUGGCAUGUUGGCCGAAGGGGCCUAAUUGUGGCUGAUAGUUUAACCUUCCCCGUUAACGGAAUCUCCCGGAACAACUUCACAGUCUACAUCAACAAUCGCAAGGCAAGGACAGGAGACAAAGUUGAAGUGGCCAUUUACGGAGAACCCGGAGCCUACGUUGGGCUCUCAGGGAUUGACAAUGCCUUCUACACAAUGCAGGCAGGCAAUGAACUCACCUAUGCGAAUGUUAUAACGAAAAUGGCAACAUUCGAUGAGCAAACCAAUGGAACGUUCAAGCAUCGUUGGUACUCCCAUGAAGGCAAUCCCGAUGAAUUGGUCUACUAUCCUUCGUCAACAUUUGGCAUUGAUGCAAAUAGAACGUUUGAAUUUGCCGGGCUUGUUGUCUUCUCCGAUGCAGUCCUGCCGCGUCGUCAGGAGAUCUGCAAUGCUUCUCUGGGUUAUGGGGAAUGCCUCAAUGGGCGAUGCUACCGGCUUGACAAGGAGUGCGACGGCUACCUUGACUGCGAAGAUGGAACGGAUGAAAUAAAUUGUGAUUAUCACAAUGCAACACUCCUCGCGGAUUUCCGGAAGUAUCGAUUCAAUCGUAUUCAGAGGCACUAUGAGAAUGUCUGGCUCUGGAGAGACGUUAAUAUUGGUCCCCAUGGAAGGUAUAUCUUCAACAUUGACGUACCGCAUCGUCCUGCACUGUGGAUGGUUUCUGCUUUUGGGGUAAGUCCAACAAUGGGCUUCGGGAUGAUUGCAAAGGCAAUAGAGUACGUCGGAGUUCAGCCAUUCUUUAUAAAUGUCGAAAUGCCAACAGAAUGCCGUCAGGGUGAACAAGUUGGCAUCCGUGUGACCGUUUUUAACUACAUGACGAAUGCCAUUGAGGCAACGGUUGUUUUGCACGGUUCGCCUGACUAUAAAUUCGUUCACGUUGAGGAGAACGGAAUUGUUCGUUCUUACAAUCCACGUACAUCCUUUGGAGAGCAUCAGUUCUUCAUCUAUUUGGAAGCUCAGUCCACGUCUAUUGUUUACCUGCCGAUCGUACCGCAACGUCUUGGGGAUAUUGAUGUAACAGUUCACGCUGCUACGCUCCUGGGAUUGGAUAAAGUGACCCGAAGGCUGCAUGUUGAAGCCGAUGGUCUGCCGCAGUAUCGUCAUCAGUCGAUUUUAUUGGAUCUGAGCAAUCGUGCUUAUGUCUUCCAGUACAUGCACGUCAAUGUUACAGAGACUCCCAUUAUUCCGUACCAAGUUGAUCGUUACUAUGUGUACGGUUCGAAUAAGGCUAGAAUUAGUCUUGUGGGUGACGUAGUUGGUCCAAUCUUUCCCACAAUGCCUGUUAAUGUGACGAGUUUGAUUCACCUCCCGAUGGAGUCUGCUGAGCAGAACAUGUUCAGUUUUGCUGCAAAUCUCUUUACGGUUUACUACAUGCGCUUGAUUAAUCAGCGGAAUAAGACAAUGGAGAAGCAUGCCUUCCAUCAUCUGAAUAUUGGGUAUCAGCGACAGUUGAGCUUUAUGAAUAAGGAUGGAUCGUUUUCACUCUUCCGCUCAGAUUGGAAUCAAUCAGAUCCAAGUGUUUGGCUUACGGCGUACUGUGUGAGGAUUUUCCAAGAGGCAAGCUUCUACGAAUGGGAAAACUACAUCUACAUCGAUCCGAAUAUGAUUCAGAAGAGUGUAGCGUGGUUGUUGAGGCAUCAAAUGCCUGAGGGGUCGUUCUAUGAGACAACGUGGUCGCCUGAUAGGAAGAUGAAUGGGACGGAGAAUGAAUUGCUUCGUGCAAGGAAUAUCACGCUAACGGCGCAUGUUCUGAUAACGUUGGCUAGUGUGAAGGAUCUAGCAGCAGGGGGGUUAGGAGCGCGGGUGGCGAUGGCACAGCAACGGGCUAUAGAUUGGAUAGAUCGAAAUUUGAAGCUGAUUAAGGACUUUGGGGGGCCGUACGAGGUAGCAAUAGUUACGUAUGCGCUGAUGCAGAGCAAUGCACCGCAUGCAGAACAGGCCUUCAGUAUUCUGGCGAAACAUGCUCGAACAAUCGGGGAGUUUAUGUACUGGGGCAAUGAAGAAGUUCCGCAACCGCCGACAAAGUUGGAGAAUCAGAAGUACUUCAGUCUCCCGCGGUUGCCGUACAAGUAUGACUCGUUGAACAUUGAGACAACAGCCUAUGCACUGCUGGUUUACGUUGCAAGGCGAGAACUGUUUGUGGACCCAAUUGUACGAUGGCUCAAUGCUCAGAGGUUGACGGACGGUGGAUGGGCUUCAACGCAGGAUACAAGCACAGCCAUGAAGGCUCUCAUUGAGUACACAAUAAGGACGAGAAUUCGUGACGUCUCCCAACUAGCUGUAACAGUUGAAGCUACCUCCCUGCCAGGGAAAUCUCAAUCGCUCUACAUCACAAAUAAGAAUCUAGCAGAACUUCAGAGUCUAGAAAUUCCUAACGCCUGGGGAACGGUGAAGGUGCAAGCAAAGGGCGCUGGUUACGCCAUCCUCCAAAUGCACGUGCAGUACAACGUGGACGAUAAGCAGUACCAAACAGCUCCGCCAGUUUUUGCAUUUGAUCUAAAUGCCCACGCAGUCUUUCACGGAAGGAAUCAGUCUCACAUCACCUACUACUCAUGUCAGAGGUGGAUCAAUGUUAAUGAAUCCGUUCGUUCGGGGAUGGCUGUCCUUGACGUGGCCAUUCCAACAGGAUACUUUGUGCAGCAACAGAAACUCGACUCUUACAUCCUCAGCAGAAGGGUCAGGAAUCUCCAGCGCGCCAAGUAUUUCGAGAAGAAAGUUCUCUUCUACUUUGACUACCUGGAUUCUGAGGAUGUCUGUUUGAAUUUCACGAUCGAACGAUGGUUCCCUGUGGCAAAUAUGUCUCGCUAUUUGCCAAUUCGUGUCUAUGACUACUAUGCGCCAGAACGAUUCAAUGAGACACUCUUUGAUGCUUUACCCACGUAUUUGCUGAAUAUUUGCGAAGUGUGCGGCAGUUCGCAGUGUCCCUACUGUGCAAUUUACAAUGCAGCCAUCAAGGCCCCAAUUCCAUUCUUCCUCAUCCUCGGGGCUGUUGUAGCGAUAACUGUGAGACAUUUUAGAAUAACUGGCAGAGGCUUUCUCACGUUAGUCUCUCUCGCCGUGGGCAAUACGUAGGGGGGGAGGGGGAUGAGCGAGCGAGAGAGUGAAUGAGGAAGGAAAAUUGCCAUCGUGUGUUCGAAGAAUCGCGCGCGCAAACCUCCAUUUAAACAAACAAACAAAACACUAAAAGUCGUAGGAAUUUCAAUUGAUUUCAUUCAUGUGAAUAGUUUUUUUUAUACCGUUUUUAUUAGUGCAUUGAAAGAGAAAAAUGCAAGAAGGGAGAGAAAAUUUAGCAGCUUAAUGAUAAAUCUCAAAAAAUUAAGUAUUUUUUCUUUGUAAAGAAAUCCCAUCUAUAAAAAAAUAUUAUUUAGGAAAAGAAACAAAAGUGCGCUUGCAUGGAAAAGCUCUUCAUAUCAAAGGGAAUGUUUUUUUUUAUUGAAGGAUUGAACGAUGAAUGACAAUACUUAAGAAGAAAAGUUUAACGAAUAAGUGAUUUUUCCGCCUUAAAGAAAGAAUUUUUUGUAUGAAGAAGAAAAGGGCGGGAAAAUGUACAAAAAGGAACUUGAAAAGAAUUUCUUUUUCUUAAAAAUAUUUCUCAUUUUUUUUAAAAAUGAAAAUCACUCGAAUGUAUAUUAAGAAUUAAUCCAGGCCGUCCAUUUUCUGGUCAAUUUUUUAUUUCACGUUUUUUAUUUUAUGUUUUUUUUAUAUUUUACAAUUUUUCUACGCCUCCAAAUCGUGCGAAAAAAAAUCAUUUUUUAAAAUGUGUUUUUUUUUGUAAAAUCAUUUUGUGAAUUUAUUCUUUUAUUGAUUUAAAGUCAUUUUACAAAGGCACAAAAGAAUGAAAAAAAAAGAAUAUUUUAAAGAAAUUUUGAGAUGCGCAGGAAGACAAAGGAAAAAAAAGAAUCUCUGUGAGAGAUACAAAUAACUAGGAAUCUCUGUAGUUUUUAAAAUAAUAAUAUUUCUGUAGUUACUCGUAGAAUUUUCCUUCUAAAAAGCAAAAAAAAGGAAAAGAAAUUUAGAAAGUUUUUCUACAAAUUUUCUGUUUUUUUUUUACAAUAAAUCUGUAGGUCAGAAUGUAAAUAAUUUAAUGAAGAAAAUCAUUUUGAAUAAGCACGUAGAAAUCAUUUCUUUUUUUUAAAUUUCUUUAUAAAUCAGCAAACUUCAUUCCCGCAAAAAAAAAAGAAAAUAUAAACUGAUAAAUAGAUAAAUAGUGAGAGAAAAAUAAGCAUUUAGUGUGUGACGAAGGUGCCUUAAAUAGAGAAAAUACGAAGAAAAUAUCACAAAAAGUCCAUUUUAUUGCCAGGAAAAUAAUAAAUACCAGAUAAAGGAUAAAAAGCUCCCAAAAUAGAGAAAAUAUUUACAACAGAAAAUCCAAUUUUGAUAGUGAAAAAAAAGUGAAAGGAAAAUAUUUUAUAUUGUUAACUGUACCUCAGAAAAUAGGUAAUAAAUUUCUAUAAAUAAAAAUAAA